AUUUUUUGAGGUACCAAGUACCAACCUACCUACAAUUUAUUUAGGGGUGAUGUGCGUUUUAGGAUUAGGUACAUACUUACCGGAACUUUGAAAAUUGUAUGUUCGAUAUUUAGCGUCCUUGUGUCGGAUUCGGCAGUUUGCCCCGGAAUCUCCGAAAAUUCGGAACUUUACAUGUAAAACUUGUUUAAUUUCGGCCUAAUUCUUAAUUAUACCUGCGUUAACCUAUGUUAAACAUAAUUGUUUCCAUAAUCAGACUUCCCAGCACUUAACACAAAUCCAAAACGUACUAACUCGAAAAUCCAGAGCAAAUCAAACCCAAUUCUGGAACAUACCCCUUUCAAUUGAAAAUUCUCUCAUUUACUUGUUAUUUAUGCGUGGGCACUUCAUAAAGCAUUAGGGAAACUUAACAUACACCGUCUUGACAUUUCUUGAACAUUCAUAACAGACAGGUGGUAUAUAAGGGUCCCGAGGUUCCCUGUACCGCAUUCCUUCAGGGUGUGUGGUCUGUUUAACUACAAAGGUAAGUUGCUAAACAAUAUAAUAUGUACCUACCUGUUUAAGUUUCUGUUGACGGCGGCGGUAAAUUAAUGUUUUAGGUUGUAACGUGUAUGCAAGAUGAAACACAUUAUAUGGUUACAGAAAGAUGAAACAUAUUAUAUAAUGAAGAAGAUGAAAUAUAAUAUAUUAUAUAGCUUUUGUUAUCGUGAAUUAGCUAAUUAAUUAAGCUAGGUAAAAGUUGGUCAAGCAAAUUAAAAAAAAUCUAGGCGCGAAGGGUUAUCGUCCCAUAGAAAAUCUGAAUUUCUCGCCUUUUUCUACUGACAAGAUUUGCUUGACCAGCUAUAUUAUAUAGGUAAUCAAACCGCGAUUCAAAGUGUUCGAACCUCAGCGGUAGCCACACGCCAGCGGCACACAUAGGUACCUACCUACCUAAUGUUAACGUCUCAAUCGGCUCAUCGACCAACCUCAAAGCCGUAGCCACAUGUCAAAACCUUCAGCUACAAUCGCUUUAAAUGUAUUGCCUUUGUGCAAUAUGUACCAUGAAGCGCGUUCGGCCUCUAUAAACAAAUUUAUUCAAUAGGUAUGCUAACAAAUUGCUUUUAUAAGCUACUUUGACCACAAAGCAAUUCAAUUUCCACAAAAUAUCAAUGCUGUUGUCAGCCCGUUUUGCAAAAUAUUCAAGAAACCAUUUUCAAAUAAAGGUUGACGCUCACAUGAAUAUAUAAGUGUCUAUUUGUUUUAUGCUAUGCCGGUUCUAAAAACUGUUUCAUCUUACAGAUGAAAGUCCUGAUAUUGAUGGUAUUCUUGUUCACUUUGGCGCUAUGCUCUGGUCAUAUUGGCGGCGGCCUGAUGAUGCAAGACCUCAGUCCUCAGGUCUACUGCGGCAGAAACCUCGCUAUAGCGAUAUCGGAGCUUUGUCUCAUGCAGAGACACCAAAAGAGAUCCGAGGGGCCCUUGUUCGGUAAUGCCAUCUCCCCCUACUACAAAGAGGACUAUGGCUGGCCUUGGCUUCCCCCCCACCAGGCAAAAGGCCUGGCGCUUCCCUCGCGCGGCAAGAGGCUGGUGAACGGGAUCGUCGACGAAUGCUGCAAUAAGCCCUGCAGCAUGGAAGAAAUGCUCGGUUACUGUAAUUAGGUUAACUAACAUCUUAUAACAUAUUUUAAUUUUUUUGUAAAUGAAUUGUUAUAAA